AAGAUCAAAGCUUAUGCUGUCAGAAAGUGGCAAGAACUGGUAUCCAAACUUCAGUGCACCAACUAAUCCCUGCGACAAUUAUGGAGCAUGCGGACCUUUUGGUGUUUGCAAAGCUUUUGAAUCUCCAAUAUGUAGGUGUUUGAAAGGGUUUGUACCAAAGUCAGAUGAGGAAUGGAGCAAAGGAACCUGGACAGGAGGUUGUGUGAGGCGAAACAAAUUGUCUUGUCAAAGUGACACAAACAAGUCAGUCUCAUUGAGAGCUAAAGAAGAUAAUAAUUGGUUUAAGAAGAUGACUAUGUUGAAAGUACCAGAUUCUCAUGAAUUUGUUGUUACAUCUUUAGAUGUUGACAACGAGCAUGGUGCCUGCGAGAAGCAGUGCCUAAGCAAUUGUUCUUGCCUGGCUUAUGCAUUUGUAAAUAAAAUAGGGUGUUUGGUCUGGUCCAAAGAGCUUAUUGACAUACAGCAAUUUUCGUUUGGCGGAGAAGAUCUCUAUAUUCGCCUAGCAGAAGCAGAACGAGAUGAAGGUAAGCCAAUAAAGUUAAUUGCCACCCUUACAGCUAUUUGUUCUAUCACUAUCCUGGGGGCCAUAGUGUAUGGUUGGCAUAGGCUUGGAGCUGACCAAAAAGGUUAA